AUGUCUUACUCUGCCGUCCACGCCACACCCAAGGGCCCAGGUGAUGCCCGACCCACAGCCCUUCAAAUCGUCCAAGACAACAACAUGCAAGAUCAACUCAAAGGCAAAGUCGCCGUCGUGACGGGCGUCUCCUCCGGCCUAGGAGUUGAGACUGUCCGCGCCCUCGCUGCCACCGGCGCAACGCUGUACCUGACUGCCCGGGACCUGAGCAAAGCGCGCACAGCCCUAGGCGACAUUUUCCAGCCGGAGACCAUGGAGCUGGUGCAGAUGGAUCAAGCCUCACUGAAUAGUGUGCGACAGGCCGCAAAGCUUAUCUUGUCCAAGACAGCCAAAGUGAACAUCCUCAUCGGCAACGCGGGGGUCAUGGCUGUGCCGGACCUCCAGCUCACAGAGGAUGGAUACGAGAUGCAGUUCGCAACGAACCACCUCGCCCACUUCCUGCUGUUCAAUCUGCUCAAGCCGGCCCUGCUGGCGGGGAGUACGCCCGAGUUUCAUUCACGGGUAGUUCUGGUCUCGAGUUCAGGACAUCGCGUGCAUGGGAUCAACGAAGCGGAUAAUUAUCAUUUCCAGAAGGGGGGAUAUGAUCCGUUGGUUGCGUACGGACAGUCCAAGACGGCCAAUAUCUAUACGGCGAGUGAAAUCGAGCGGCGGUAUGGACGGCAGGGGCUGCAUGGGUUGAGUUUGCAUCCUGGGAUUAUUGCUACUGGCUUGGGGCGGUAUCUUUCGGAGGAGCAGAUUCAGGCGUUGUUGACUGAUGAGACGGUGGGUAGGGUUGCGAAGAGUACGGAGCAAGGUGCGGCGACUACGCUGUGGGCUGCUGUGGGGAGGGAGUGGGAGGGUAAAGGGGGUAAGUAUCUGGCUGAUUGUGCGGAGGCAGAGGAUCGAGAGUAUGAUGGGCAUGUUGGGAGGUCGAUUGUGAGUUAUACGUAUUGGCCGGAGGGAGAGGAGCGGUUGUGGAGAGAUUCUUUGGAGAUGGUGGGAUUGCAUGAAUAG